AUGCCUGCUCGCGCACUUCCACACGCCCUGCCGACGUCGGCACCAAAGGCGUCUUUCGCUGCGACCCCGGCACACGGCCAAAUCCUCGACAUCGGUGGUAGUUUCUUGAAGGGGGUCUAUGGCGACAAGCUCAAGGACACCCUCGCUGCCAUUGCCGAGUCGAGAGACACGCCGACCCUGCCUGACGAGCUGCUAUACGACGACAAAGGUCUACUCAUCUGGAACCAGAUCAUAUCCAUACCGGAAUUCUACCAGACCCACGACGAGAUUGCCCUUUUCGACCUCCACAGCGCCGAGAUAAUUAGCCACGUCGAUGAAAACGUAACCAUGAUUGACUUGGGGUCCGGCGAUACAACAAAAGUUGACCAUCUCUUGGCCGAAUUCGAAUUCAACAAAGUCCCCGCCACAUACCUCGCCCUCGACAUUUCCAAGACCUCCCUUGACCAGAGCAUAGCGAGCUUGGUUGACAACCACUCCGGCCCGGAUGCAGUUGUCACAUGCGGCGGUCUCUGGGGCACAUUCGAGAACGGACUGGAGCACAUCGUCAAGAUAAAAUCACCUCGGCUGUUUCUGUCCCUCGGUUCUGUACUGUGCAACGAUGCUUGGCCCACGGCUCUGGGCCACCUUAGAAGUUGGGCCUCGACGCUGCGGCCGGAGGAUCGUAUGCUGAUCGGCAUGGAUGGUCAUCUUGUUGCCGAUGACAGAGAUAAGAUCUGGGCGGCCUAUCAUUCCUGCGAUGAUCUGUUCCGCGAGUUUUUUGUCAACGGCCUGAAUAACGCAAACAAGCGUCUUGGAUACACCCUGUUUGAGGAGCAAGACUGGGAGUGCAUGGCUGAAUUGGAGAAGGAACCCACAACCCGGCAUCGAUUCUUUAUUCGCGCCAAGAGGGAUGUACCGCUACCGGAAUACGACACCGUCAUCCCCAACGGACAAGAAAUUGACUGGUUUGACUCUCACAAGUAUGGUGAGCAGGAUGUCCGUCUGAUGUGCGGCAAGGCUGGCUUGACCGUCAUCAAGUCUUGGGCAGCCCCAGACUCCAAUUUCCGCCAGUACCUCGUGCGUCCGAGAUGCGACCGUGACGACUUCGAAGACCACGACAGCGGCAUUUCCGGCAUUAACUGA